AUGUCAACCGCCGGACCCCUGGAGACCGUGAUGUCCUGCGCUAGGACCGGACCCUCUGCGGCCCCAAAGACGCUUGCCUUCUCCAUAGACCGAAUCAUGUCCAAGAGUUCCGAGCCGAAAGGGAGCGCGGAGGCGCGGGCCGAGGGGAAGAAGUUGCUCGGACUCUGUUCCCCGAUUCCCUGCGUGAUUCCACUCCAGCCUUUCGGCUACGACUUCCAGGCCAAGGCCCUGAUGAACUACUCUGAGUUUUGGAGAGCCAGUCUCAGGGGAAGUUUGCCGUGCAAAGGAAAUUGCGCCAUGUGCGCCAGGACUGACUCCGGGCCCAAACCGCCGACCGGGAGCAGGGUAGUGAAACCGCAGGUGAUCCACCAGGCUGUCGCCGUGCCAAGUGGCGGCUCCCUCUAUUAUUUCAAUUACCUGGACUCUGCUUACCCCCAAUCGGACUUUGUGGCCGGACACUGGCUCGCCAGCCCGCAAGCGCAGGCCUCUCUCUCCGCUCACCGCAGAUUUUUGCUCCUGGAAAAUGCCAAACUAGCCGGGAGCACCGUGGGUGACAAGAUUACCACACAUCAGGAUCCUCACAAGGAGCAUCUUCCGGGGCAGCUGGACCACAUAGUGAAGGACAACCACGGCGUGGGCGCAGACAAGAACGCCUUCAAGACUCACAAAUUAAGCAGCACAACUGGAGACGGGAAACCCAAAAAUUUCACAUGUGAAGUGUGUGGAAAGGUUUUUAAUGCUCACUACAAUCUGACCAGACAUAUGCCGGUGCACACGGGGGCCCGUCCGUUCGUGUGUAAAGUUUGCGGGAAAGGCUUCCGACAGGCCAGCACCUUGUGCAGACACAAGAUCAUCCACACACAGGAAAAACCACAUAAAUGCAACCAGUGUGGAAAAGCCUUCAACAGAAGCUCCACGCUGAACACACAUGUUCGAAUCCACGCCGGGUACAAACCUUUCGUGUGUGAGUUCUGCGGGAAAGGAUUCCACCAGAAAGGUAACUACAAAAACCAUAAACUGACUCACAGUGGGGAGAAGCAGUACAAGUGCUCCAUCUGCAACAAGGCCUUCCAUCAGAUCUACAACUUGACCUUCCACAUGCACACGCACAAUGACAAGAAGCCGUUCACGUGCGCCACCUGUGGAAAGGGCUUCUGCCGCAACUUCGACUUGAAGAAACACAUCAGGAAACUGCAUGACAGCUUCUCUUCAGAAAGAGAAGCAAGAGAGCUCCAGGAGUGA